AUGAUACGAGACCUCCCCCAGGAGGAGAGGCCUCGCGAGCGACUGAGAAACUAUGGCCCUUCGUCGUUGAGCACCGCGGAGCUGUUGGCAAUCAUUCUUCGCACGGGCACCCAGUCCGAGAGCGUCCUGAGCCUCAGCACGAGGCUGAUGUCCCAGUUCGGCGGACUGUCCGGGCUGGCGCGCGCCAGCUACGACGAGUUGUGCAGUGUCCACGGAUUCGGCGACGCCAAGACGACUCAGGUCAAGGCGGCCUUUGAGUUGGGCAAGCGCGCCCUUUCCCUUCACGAGAACGAACGGCCAACGGUCCACUCUCCCCAGGACGUAGCCAACCUCCUUCAGGGGGAGAUGGCGUUCCUGGAGCAGGAGCACCUGCGGGUUGUGCUGCUCAACACCAGGAAUCGUAUUCAGUCCAUCCACGAGGUGUACAAGGGCAACGUGAACUCCGCCGUGAUACGCGCCGGCGAGAUAUUCAGAGAGGCGGUCCGCUCCAACGCCCCAGCUGUCAUUCUGGCGCAUAACCACCCCUCGGGCGACCCCGCACCCAGCGAUGAGGACGUACAGAUUACCAGGCGGAUCAUAGAUGCGGGCAAGCUGCUGGACAUUGAGGUCCUGGACCACGUGGUGCUGGCGCAGAGGGGGUUUGUGAGCCUGAAGGAGAGGAAGCUGGGGUUUGACUAG